UUCCCCGCUUACAGAAAAAGGAGGGGAGAGGGAGGUUACCGAGGCUGACUGAACUCAAGCGCUGGACUGCCAAGACUCACACUGCCUGCUGCUUCUGCUGCUGCUGUUUCUGCUCUGGACAAGUGAGGAAAGCAGACCGAAGAGGGAGGGGGGAGAAAGUGAGAGGGGAAAUCAAGCUUGAAGGAGAGAGGGAAGCCCAGAGAAAGAAGGAAAGGAUACCCUCGUCUCCUUCCAGAUUCUCCAUGGCGCAAGCAAAGAGACUGGAGCUGAAGAAAGUGUGAGGUGGGGGGAGACUGAUUCGUAACUUUUCGACGCCUAGACGCGAUUUGGGAGGCUGGGAGGAAGGAUUUGCCUUUCAAGCCCUGGUCACUUCAGCGCCUCAGGAGAUUCAAUGAGCUAUUCCGGGCUCUUUCUGGCUUCCUUCUUGAGGUAACUUUUGGGAAGUCUUGUGGCUGCAGCUGCUGGUAGAAGUGCCCGGAGGAGAGCGGGGAGCCUUGGAAGAAGUACUGGAGGAAAAGAAGAGGGAGAAAGUUUCUGUGGAAAAUCCGGCGGAGAUUCUUUUCCCCCCGCUGCUUGUUUUUGUGUUUUGAGGGUGGGGGGGAAAAAGCGCCGAGAAGAUGAUCUGGAAGAGCAGCUGUUGCUGCGGAGGUGUCCGAAGCGGAGGAGAUUUUCUGUGUCUGCUGCUUCUGUUGAUGGGUUUCUUAUUGCCCGCCUGCAGGACUCGCUUGUACACCAACCACUGGGCUGUGAGGAUAAGUGGCGGGCUCCAAGAAGCCAACCGGAUAGCUAGCAAGUACGGCUACAUCAAUAUAGGACAGAUUGGAGCAUUGAAGGAUUAUUACCAUUUUUACCAUAGUAAAACAAUUAAACGGUCAGUUCUCUCAAGUAGAGGUACUCACAACUUCAUUUCAAUGGAGCCAAAGGUGGAAUGGAUAGAACAGCAAAUUGUAAAAAUAAGAACAAAGAGAGAUUACAAACCUGGUAGCAUCCAGUCCAUGUAUUUUAAUGAUCCUAAAUGGCAAAGUAUGUGGUACAUGCAUUGCAGUGAUAACACACAUCUUUGUCAGUCAGAUAUGAAUAUUGUUGGUGCCUGGAGGAGAGGUUACACUGGAAAGAACAUUGUGAUCACCAUUUUGGACGAUGGCAUUGAAAGAAACCACCCAGACUUGAUGCAGAAUUAUGACCCAGAUGCCAGUUUUGAUGUCAAUGGUAAUGAUAUUGACCCCAUGCCUCGGUAUGAUGCCAGCAAUGAAAACAAGCAUGGAACACGUUGUGCUGGAGAAGUGGCAGCUACAGCAAAUAACUCACACUGUAUAGUAGGAAUUGCAUUUAAUGCCAGAAUUGGAGGAGUGCGGAUGUUAGAUGGUGAUGUUACAGACAUGGUAGAAGCAAAAUCAUUGAGCCUCAAUCCCCAGCAUAUACAUAUCUACAGUGCUAGCUGGGGUCCUGAUGAUGAUGGAAAAACAGUUGAUGGACCAGCUUCUUUAACACGCCAGGCCUUUGAGAAUGGGGUCAGAACGGGCAGAAACAACUUGGGCUCCAUUUAUGUGUGGGCAUCUGGAAAUGGUGGAAGAAGUAAGGAUCAUUGCUCCUGUGAUGGCUACACCAAUAGCAUCUAUACCAUCUCCAUCAGUAGCACAGCUGAAAGUGGGAGAAAACCUUGGUAUUUAGAAGAAUGUGCAUCAACAUUAGCCACAACCUACAGCAGCGGAGAAUCCUAUGACAGGAAAAUAAUCACUACAGACCUCAGGCAGCGUUGUACAGACAGUCAUACAGGAACAUCCGCUUCUGCACCUAUGGCUGCAGGAAUCAUUGCACUGGCACUGGAAGCAAAUCAUUUGCUAACUUGGAGGGAUAUACAACAUAUUAUUGUAAGGACUUCACGGGCAGGACAUCUAAUUGCUAGUGACUGGAAAACCAAUGCAGCUGGUUACAAGGUUAGCCACUUAUAUGGAUUUGGACUGAUGGAUGCUGAAGCCAUGGUGAUAGAAGCAGAAAAGUGGACAACAGUCCCUCCACAACAUGUCUGUGUUGAGAACACAGAUCGACAAAUCAAAACAAUACGACCAGAUAAUAUUCGUAAUGGACCAGAUAAUGGUGUUCGUUCAAUAUACAAAGCCACAGGAUGUAUAGAUAAUGCAAAUCACCAUGUAAUAUAUCUGGAACACGUGGUAGUACGAAUCACUAUUACGCAUCCUCGGAGAGGUGAUCUGGCAAUUUACUUGACUUCUCCUUCUGGAACAAGAUCUCAGCUAUUGGCUAACAGGUUAUUUGACCAUUCCAUGGAAGGUUUUAAAAACUGGGAGUUUAUGACUACUCACUGCUGGGGUGAAAAAGCAGCUGGUGACUGGAUUUUAGAAAUUUAUGAUACUCCCUCUCAACUAAGAAAUGUAAAGACUCCAGGUAAAUUGAAAGAAUGGUCUUUAGUACUUUAUGGGACAUCCAUUCAGCCUUACUCCCCAAGAAGUGAUUUUCUAAAAGGCGAACGAACACGCUUGAGUCCAAUUGAAGACCCUACAGAAGAUUAUGGGGUGGAUGACUAUUCAGGUCCAUGCAAUGCAGAGUGCAGCAAAGUUGGAUGCGGUGGACCAGGACCAGACCAUUGCAAUGACUGUCUACACUAUUACUAUAAAUCUAAAAAUAACACACGAAUCUGUGUUCCCAACUGUCCACCUGGUCACUACAGCGCAGACAAGAAACGCUGUAAAAAGUGCUCGCCCAACUGUGAAACAUGUUUUGGAAGUCAUAGUGAUCAAUGUAAUACUUGUAAACCUGGUUACUUUAUCAAUGAAGAGUCUAGGAGUUGUGUUACCACCUGCCCAGAUGGCUUUUACCUGGAUAAUAAUAAGAUUGUCUGCCGUAAAUGCAGUGAAAACUGUAAGUCAUGCACUGAAUUUCAAACAUGCACAGAAUGCAGACAUGGUCUAAGUUUACAAGGAACAAGAUGUGGUAUACGCUGUGAAGCAGGCAAAUAUUAUAAUGGCAGAGACUGUGAGCCAUGCCAUCAUUCCUGUGCCUCUUGUGCAGGCCCAGGAGCAGAUGCUUGCAUAAAUUGUACAGAAGAAUAUCUUAUGGAGAAUGGAAGAUGUGUGGUAGCUUGUAACAAUGGCUACUAUUUUGAUCACUCAUUAGAAAAUGGAUAUAAAACUUGCAAAAGAUGUGAUGCCAGCUGUUUUGGGUGCAGUGGCCCAGGAGAAAGAAAUUGUACAAGUUGUCCAAAUAGCUAUAUCUUAGAUGCAGGUCUCUGUGUAGUUGGUCUUGUCUGUAAAGAUGCAACGGAAGAAUCUUGGGCGGAAGGAGGCUUCUGUAUGCUAGUGAAAAAGAAUAAUCUUUGCCAGCGGAAAGUACUUCAGCAACUUUGCUGCAGAACAUGUACACUAAAAGGCUGAUUUGGUUCUCUUCAGGCUCUCUUGCUCCUGUAGACUUAUAGAUUAAUCCAUAUUAUUAAAAAUGGGGGGAAAACCCAAACCACCUUUUUCUCUCUUUCUCUUUCUCCCCUUUGGGGAGACAGUGAACUGUAUAUUGGAACUUAAAAUACAAAACUACAACAAGCCUACCUUUCAUUACUGGGUGUUCAGAACAAAGCAUCUGGGAUCACAGUGUCAGUAAGGUGUGACCAAAGCAUUUGAUGCCAAAUUAAAGUUAUUUGACUUCCUGUCAAUUUAAGGACAUUCCUGGAUUUUUUUAAAAAAAAUAUCCUUUCCUUUUUUUUUUUUUUCCUGCUUGUUUCCCUUGAAGAUGUGUAGAGUGCUUCAACAAUACAGCACAAGUUUACAAUGGAUUAAAACAAAACAAAAAACAUACUUGCAUUAGUCUUUUUUUGUCCUCACAUAAUAAGAAUGAGAAGAAUUCUGAUAAGACCAUCUGAAAAGAAAGAAUAACAUUUUUUGUUGCAAACUCAAGCUCUGCAUGCAUUAUAGUGGUUCUGUUUUCUAGUCAGAUCGUAUGCUGGGUAUUCGUUCGUUUGGAUUCCUCUUAUCACAGUGCUAUAUUCUCCAGCAAUUUUUCAGAAUUCUAGCCAGAUCAACCAGUAUGUUUUUAAAGAUAUGUUUUAAAAUUUUAGGGCUUUAUUCUGGUAUGAAUAAACUCUGAAAGAUGCAAAUACCCCCUCUUUUUUUUUUUAAAGUGUACCUUUUAUACUUGAAACUGGAAUUCACCAAUAUCCAUAAAAUAGACUGUGCACUUUUAAAAGUUUGAUACCAGUAUAUUUCUUUGGAUAUGGGCCAGGACUUCAGAUCAGACAAGAUAAACAUAAAAACUAAAGGAAACAGUUAUAAUUAAUAAUAUGUAAUUUAAAUGAACCAAAUAGUCUAUCAGGAGUCAAAAAGCAGUAAUUAGCAGUCAAAUAUCAGUUAAUAUAAUAUAAUACACAUAGAGAAAUAUCAGUAGACCAAAUUAAUUUCAAUAUCAAAACUAUCUUCAACAGAAAUACAUAUGGUAUAUCAGUUUUAAAAACAGAACUUUCCAAAAAUCUGUUGAUAUUUCUCUUUACAUAUUUAUUUUUACAUACCUUUAUGUUUAUCAUUUAUGUUCCUUUAGGUAACAUUAGAUCAUUGUAUUGAUAUUGCUGCAACUUAAAUUUUUCCUACAAAAUAUUUCAUGCAUUUAUUAAACUGUGAUGCAUACAUGGAUACCCCAAAUACUUCACCAAUCAUGUUUAGUUCUUGCAGCAAACUAAACUCUCUAAGCAGAGAGAGAUGGUGUUUUUUUUGCAUAAAAAUGAAUAAAAUGAGCAUGUACACAUAUCCAUGUAUGGAUUUCAGUGUACAUUCAAAAAAUAAAUAUCCAUUGGCUCAUGCAUGGGUUGUUCUAUAUGUACUAUGCUGAAUACAUUCAUGAUAUAUUGUUUUCUGAAUACAGAGUGAAUUCUCUGGAUUUCAGCAUUUGUGAAAAACGAAUAGAUAUGAAAUCCAGAUUGCAAUGGUACUGCUAUAAACUUUUGUGUGGUUGAUACCUAUAACUGGAAUUAAUAUACUAAACCAAAUUUUACUCUUAAUGUGCAUGCGUUGUCAGUAUUCCAUCAAGGGUGAAAUAAUUUGUUAUUAUUGUGCAAUAAUAGAUAACUUAAAAUUCUAAGCCUAAAGCUUUUCUGCUAUCAUGUAAUAUGUAGAGAAAAUCCCAAAAGUAAGUUUCAAAUUUCAUAGUAUAUUUUCUAUAUUCUAUUUUAAUACUGGAAAUAGUAUUAAAAUAUAAUUCAUGCAUUCUUUUUAAUUAAUUGAUAUUCAAAACAUUCAUGUAUCAGAAAAUAUAAGAUAAGUCUGCAAUUUUUUUUCUUCUUUUCACUGUAUAUAACACAGAUCUAAAUGAAAUAAAAGUGUUUUUAUUUAUCCUGAAAAAAUAGGGCUUCCUGAACAUUACAAAUUAGUAUGGUAGUUUAUAGAAAUCAACCUCUUUUCAAUAUAAAUAAAUAUGCAGAAAAAAUUCAUCUAGCUAACCACCAAAUUAUUUAGAAAAGAAAUUUCUUUUAAGAUUAAAAUGAGAAAUUGUCGCCUUGGAAACUUUCAUUUCAUUUAAAGUUCUCAACAUUUAUUAUUCUAACUUCAAACAUGAACAGAUUAGCAAAAAGAUAAAGGUGUUAGGUACAGCCAUUCAUAGUCACAGAGUAUAGUCACUACUUUUUAGGGUUUACACAAAAUGUAGCCAGCUAAUUUUUAAAAAUUUAUAUUCCAGAAAAAGAUGGAUGUAGGAAGAUGUAGCUACAAAGCACAUAAUCCUAUGCUAUGCUAACAGAAAGUUUAAAUGGAGAAAACAACUUUUCUCAAAUAUACCGUGAAAACAACUUUUCUCAAAUGUACUCAAAAGACCAACACAAUCUGAGAAAGGCAUUUGUCCAAAAUAAAUUAUAGGUGACAUUUAAAAAACACGUUUCUUUUUAUCAUCUCUCUUACUCUAAAACUUAAACUAAGAUCUUAAAGAGAUGGCUAAAUAAGGAGAGAAAAGAAAAGUUCAUAGAGUUUAGUUGGAACUUAUUCUGAAGUUAACUGGAGCGAAAACAGAAUCCAUGAGAAGACAAAGCUCCUACAAAGUAAUUUGCUGCAGCUGAGAUAAAAUAUUUUUGGCUUGGAAAUAGUUGGCGAAAAUGGGAAAAAGUCAGGUAUGUUGCCCCCAAUCUAGUUAUGUAUGACUUUCAUUGAGAUUAAUAGGGUUUCAAUUAAUCACAUAUUGUCAAUUCUUUUUCAAAAGCAAUU